UUGUAAGCAUGUUGCGACAAAGGUCUACUAUGUUUUAUGUUGACUUUCUUGGUUUGGCCCAAGUCUGACAUCUAGAUCACGAGACUUUCGGCUGAUCACAGUCAGGUCAUUACCUAGCUUGCUAGGUGUUAUAUUCUGUUGUUGAUCUUUUCGUCGUCUGAACUUUUCUCUAGUCAUCAGCCAGUCAGUUUCUUAGCCGGGCCCUUGUGCGCCCUCCCUCCCCAUCCUUACGCAGACCACAGAAGUAACACCAAGGCCCAGAACUUUCUAAGAUGGCGGAUGUUGGUCUUCAGACGUCUGUAAGCCUGGACCAGAUCCAGCCAGGUCCAGCUGGUUCAACCAUCGUAGGAGUGGAGGAAGAAGAAGCGCCUCCUGCAAUUGGACAGAGUGCACCAGCAGGACCUCAGUCACCCCACCUGCGAGCGAGAGCCCACCGCCGGACACAGAGUGACCAGCCCUGGACCAUGUUCCCCUUCAGCACUCCAGAGGGGUUUGUGGCGGUCAACAAGCCACCCAGCUGGGCAGAAAACGAGAUUGAAGCGCUCAAGAUAGCAAAUAAUUACAGGUUUGGCUUUAAGAAGUGGAAGAGCCAUGUCACAGCCAGGCCACUGGAGGUCAGAUCUGAUGUUGUGAAGGAGUUAUAUUCAGAACCAAGGACAGUCAAACUUAUAAAAGGCUCGACCAUCUCCCCAGGAAAUGUCCUGUACAGUGUGUUGUUUGGGUGGUGGGUUGCUGCUUUUUAUUUCCUGGUGGCUGGACUGAUGAUGCUGACCUACAUCGGCAGAGUAUAUGGUCAGCACUGUUUCAAGUUGGCAAAAUAUUUCUUUUGGCCCUUUGGGAAGUUUGUCCAAAAGGACAGAGAAGGGGAGGAACAUUCACUUCACAACAGCUCAGUUCAUAACAGCUACGAGAGUUUUGAGUCCAGUGAAUCCACACCGCUGGUGUCUAGUACCAGAAGCAGGAAUGGCAGGAGAGGCUGCUGUGGCACAACUACUGAAUACUGGCACAAGCCAGAGACGUAUGUUUGGCUGGUCCUGGGGGCACCGCUGCUGUUUGUGAUCCAUGCCCUGGUGUACUUUGUAUGCUGGAUCCUGGUGGUCUUCAUACCUGUGGCAAAGGUUAACGGCCAUGCCAUCAAGAUGCUUCUUAUGCCACCUGGGUCCAUCCGGAUAGAGAGCGACAGCAUGCAUGCAGCCCAGCAGCCCAGUGAAGUGAUAGUCUGUACCUACCAGGCUGUGAAUGUGUACUACUACAAGUACACUGUGGAUGGCAUGAACAUUGUUCUUGUCAACCUGCUGCUGUUUGUGGUUCUGGCUCUGAUUGCAGGAUAUGGAGACAAGGAAAACCACUAUACCUCACCUACUGCAAAAUUUGUGAUCUCUCUCCUUGCCAUCAUACCAUUGGCCUAUUAUAUUGGACUGUCCAUUGCCAGUAUUGCAGCACAGAGUAACUUUGCGGUUGGUGCUGUCCUGAACGCUACGUUUGGCUCUGUCGUGGAGUUGACCUUGUACAUAACUGCCCUGGUGAAGGGCGCGGAACAUGCCAACAACUGCUACUCAGAACUGGUCAAAUCUGCUCUCACAGGAACACUCCUCGGUACUAUGUUGUUCAUCCCAGGUUUGUGCAUGAUCAUUGGUGGACUGAAACACCAUGAACAGUUCUUCAACCUGAGAUCAGCGGGAGUCAGCUCAACUCUGCUGUUUGUAUCUGUGGCAGGUGCUUUUGCUCCCACCAUCUUCUCCAAGUUCUACGGCAGUAUCGUCUGCUCAAGUUGUAAUAACGUCACAAGUUGGUCCAACAUCAACGACUCCCAGCUGACAGCGACCGGGCCCAGCAGCUCCUUCAUGUGCUCAGACUGUCACCAGGAAGUGUUUGACCAAGAGGGAACAUUGUUCAAUGAGCACAUCAAGCCCCUGAUCUACACCUGUGCCAUACUGCUGCCCCUGGCCUACAUCUCUGGUCUGUUGUUCACACUGAAAACUCACUCUCACAUCUACGAUGUGAAGACAGAGGACAACAACACAGCUCCUAAUCAACCAGAUCACAAUGACAGCCACAGCACCAUUGCCCACUGGUCCCGUCUGAAGGGAGUGACCAUCCUGCUGGUCGGGACAGUACUGAUGUCCCUGUGUGCCGACCUUGUCACAGAGAACAUGCAGCCUAUUUUAACUGGCUCUGGGGUGUCACAGUACUUCAUUGGAGUGACGUUGUUAGCCCUGGUACCGGAUACUCCUGAGAUUGUCAACGGCAUCCAGUUUGCACUGCAGAAUAACCUCAGUCUCAGUAUUGAGGUAGGCAGCUCCAUCGCUGUGCAGGUGUGCUUGUUACAGAUGCCUGUUCUUGUCCUGGUCAACACCAUCCAUGAGAUUGGCUUCCAGCUGCUGUUUAUAGACCUACACUUGUGGUCGGUUCUCUUCAGUGUGCUGGUCAUGAACUAUAUCUUUAUGGAUGGCAAGUGUGACUACUUCCAAGGGUCUGCCAUGUGUAUUGUAUACCUCAUCAUUGUAGCAAUGUACUUCUUCGCUCCCAAUCCUGAGGGCUGCUGAAAUCCCUGAAACUGUGCCACGAUUCUACCAACUAUGCCUUAUUGUAGAGGGCUCGGAAUACUUUUUCUGCAUUACUGCACUGGUUCAGGUAACAUUGAAAAAUUACCUGCACCAGAUAAGUUUUACCUGUACCACUAAAAUUUAGGA